AUGAAGGUUGAAGAAUCAGUGAAGCUGUUGAAUAUGAUGGGAGAAAGAAUCUUACCAGGGAGUUAUUUUCAAUACCCUCCACCUGGUUUUCCUUCUGUUUCUCCUCAUAGACCUUCAUCUAUUCCUACAGAUCUUGAAAGAUUCUUGACUGAGUGUAGGGUGUACAUAAGAGGCAAAGGUUCUGUCAAGGAUUCUGUUAAGGAAGAGAAACUAAAAGAUAAACCUGGAUUCGAACACCUUAAUGAGCCAUUGCAUGUGUUGGUGGAGGCUGAACUUCCCAAAGAUGUGAUAAAUUCUCGUUUGGACUACGUUGUUGCCAUACUAGAAAAUCUUCUGAAACCUGUGGAUGAAUCUUUGGAUAACAAGAAACAACAGCUUAGGGAGUUGGCUUUACUAAAUGGUACAUUAAGGGAAGAGAGUCCGAGAAUGAGCCCGACUAUGAGCCCUAGUAUGUCGCCCUUUAACGGUACUGGAAUGAAACGAGCCAAUUAUUUUAGCCAAAAACCUCUAAUAUAGUUGGAAGAUUCUUCUUACUUACAAACAUACAUAUGCAGCAUUCUCUCUUGGUGAUAAUUACUAUUAUUAUUUAUUAUAAGAUAAAUUCAUUGUAUUGUAUUUUGACUUAAUAAUAAGUAUUUUUUUUUCGAA